UCGAAAUCAAUUGUUGCAUCAGUCUCGUUUUUGUCUCAGUUUCGUACUUCUCAGAUCAGUCCAGUCACAAAAUGGCCAGCGAGCGGAGAUCGUUGCCGGGCUCACCCGCCCGAUCGCUCGCCAAGGAGCUCGUCUACCGAGAUGGCCACGACGAUGACAUGGAUCUACAGACAGAGCGCGGACUGAAGGCGUCGCGCGCAUCACCUGCCAUCAGCCCAGCAGCAGCGUCGGGACAGAGCCAGCUGCUUGACACGGCCCAGCUGAGCGCCGCUGCGACCGCCGCGAGUGCAACGGCAAGCGAGACUGCUGCACUGCUGCACAAGCUCGAAUUGGACGCCGCGCAGCUGGCGCAGGGCGUCGACGGGCUCGUCUCGUCGCUCACUUCGUCCGUUCAGGAUGCGAGUCGCAUUACGCGCGAUGCAAUGUCAGUCUACCGAUUAUCCAUUGACAAUAUGGGCGUUGCUGUCGACGAGUCCAUUCGGAACAUGUACUCCAUCAUGGCACAAGCAGAGGCGCUCGACAGUCGAAUGAAGCCAAUUGAAAUGAUGAUCCAGCAAAUAAAAGCAAUCCGAAAGACGCUAGACAUGUUAGAGUCAGCCUCCAAGUGAGCGGGCAUUUCGGCGAAAAAAAAACGAAAUCCGUCAAAAAAUCAAAGCAACGAUCAUCGUUGUUUUGGGGCUAUUAUUGUACAAAUACAAAGAAUUUCAAACAAAGCGCAAUAUCAUCAA